CUACCACCACCACCACCACCACCACUCCCACCAAGCCUCUGACGUGUCUCUCUUCUGUCUCUCUUCACUCUUACUAUCCCCGCCGUCAUCGUGCUCUCCCCGCCUCUACUUCUCUUCCCCUCCUGCUCUCGAUGAAACUCGGUGCACGGUGAACGCGGUGAACACGAGAAUUAGUACGAGAACAACUACGAGAAACACAUACCUCCUCCUCCAUCCCAUCCCAUCCCACCUUGCUAUCUACCUUGCUACCUUGCACCUGGCACACAUUACACAUUACACAACCUUCUAUCAAUCCUCAAUUCACCCACUCACCACCCUCAAUUCACCACUUACCACCACACAACUAAGCUUCUCCCACUCACCACCCACUCACCACCACUCAACUAAACUUCUCCCCCUCCCCUCCAUCACCUCUACCCUCCUUCCCAUCUUCACCCUCCCACUUUCUUCUUCUUCUUCCUUUCAACAUCACCAAUCCAUCCAUCAUACACCAAUCUACCAAUUACACACACCAAACAUUCUUGCUUCAUCAAUUGCACACACACACACACACACCCACUACAAGCUGUCAUCUGUCAAUCACCAUCAUCAGCUUCUUACCCUCAUCUCACCAAUCCGUCCACCAGAGACAAAACUACUCAAUCGAGCAUCAAAAGACUCCAUUCUCUACGUACUCCUCCCUCCUCCACCUCGCGAUCGAUCACGUCCUAAGCGCGGAACCCACUCGCGCCUUACAAAGCAAUCACAAUCCCUCCCACUGGACCUUGGCUUUCCUCCAAGCACUGCGCCCGUAUCCACUAUACGCUCACACGCAAUCCACUCGCGCCCACCGACACGCUGCAACUACCUUGCUCCUCCCUCCUCAUCCCCCUGCUACCUCACUCCAAACGCCCACUUUCCACCGCCGAACAGUCUCCACUCCCCUCUGACACCCGGGCUCCAGCAGCCGUUCCAAGGUUCUUCUCAGCUAGAGUAGCCUCUAGGUACUUUGGUAGGCACAAUCUUGUUUCUCGUUUUCUCCCAUCCUUCGCUACCCAAAGUCUGGCCCAAUUUCAACCUCAAUCCGCCAUCCAACCUCGUCGUCGUCAAAAUUCAACAGAUCGAUACUCACUAUCGUCGUCUAGCAUACCUCACCAAACAUACAAACAAACAACAACAUCAACAAACAACCGAUCUCGCUCAACGCCCGCAGCCUUCCCGACGCGUAGCGUACCGAACCGCCGAAGCGAUACCUCGUCUGCCUAGACGCCUCGAUAUCCAACCUCAACGCCGCGUUGUCGGCUCGUCGCGAUGUCGUCGACGCGUCAUCGUCAGCAGCAGCCGCUGCAAAUCUACCAAGAUCCCGAAUCUGAUCGAAGCUACGUCCCAUCCGGCUCGACACUGCCGCGCCUCGCCUCCCCCCUACGUCCCAUCAAGAACGCCUCCUCGAGACGCAAUAUCGUCCUCAACGCUCCCGCCGCCCAGGCCAACAAUGGAUCACCACACAAGAACGCGCUGCACUCGUCCAGCUCGCCGUCGAGGAGCGGUAUGAGCAAUAAGCUCAACAUGCACGCGAUGCCGCCGCCGCGGGGAGCAAUGCGCAGUACGGACUCGCUGGAGAAGAAGCAGCCUCUGCAGGCUAGAGGACAGGGGUCUGGACCACAGAAGGCACUCUUCACCACCGCGUCGAAUAUCUACCCGGCCGGAAAGGAGAACUACCAGCACCAGUAUAAUGACGCGGAUGACUUCUACGCAAACGAUGCCAUAUACGGACAGAAGACCCAGAGGAAGCGUGCCCUGCUGGAAGCGCCAAUGAUUCAGUCAAAGAAGCAGAGAAUGAUGCCUGAGCCUACACGCCCUGCCGCAGAACAAUUCGGUGCCGUCAAAGACGACGGAACAAAGCCAUCCCACAGCUACGCCACGCUCAUCGGCAUGGCCAUCCUCGGAGCCCCAGGGAAGCGAUUGACCCUGGCCCAGAUCUACAAGUGGAUCUCGGAUUCAUACUCUUACUACAGCGCUGCCGAGACGGGAUGGCAGAACAGCAUUCGCCACAACCUCAGCUUGAACAAGGCCUUCGUGAAGCAGGAAAGGCCCAAGGAUGAUCCCGGAAAAGGCAACUACUGGGUUAUUGCUCCAGGAGAGGAGGAGAAGUUCAACAAGGACAAGCAGCCGAAGAAGGGAACGAUCAUUGAGAGCGGUCCUAUUAUGUCCGCAUCCGUCUCGCUCCCGGCACCUCCCAUGAUCCAGGAGCGCCCACAGUCGUCGUACAGAAACUCGACGCCAGCACCCUCCGAAUUCGCUCCCCCUUCAACAAACUCGUUCAUGUCUAUCAAGCCUGCCACAAAGAUGGACAACGAGCUCUCCUCCGACGCCACCAUCCCCGCCUCGGAUACCUACCAGCCCGACGAGGAAGCCCCAGAGCACGAGCUCUACGCACACGCCGGCGCUGCCCAACCCAUCCUCUCCUCCCCACCCGCACUCAUGCAAUCCUCCCCCCCGGUCCCCCGACGCGUCCGUCUCCGCGACGACACCCCCCCACCCGUGGUCCGCUUCGCCCGCUCCUCCGCCCAGCGCUCCCACAAACGCAACUUCGCCUCCAUGGACGACAGUGGCUACUUCUCCUCCCUCAACUCCUCCGCCCUGCGCAACCCUGUCCCGGACCGCCACCCCGUCAAGCGCGGUCGCGCUGAGGAGGAAAUUGCACGCCUACGCGGCUCUUCCUACGAUAGCCCGUCAAAGACCUCGCGUCGCGCCCGCCACACUCCAUGCGCCGAGUCCAUUGCCUGGGCUGCGCCUUCCUCGUCCCCGCUUCGUAGGGGGCUCACUUACGAUUCCGCUGCUAUGCUUCCCCCGCUCACACCAGCUGUCAAGCUCACCGCGCCAUCCCGCCCACCUCCUUCCGUCUCUCCAACCACAAACCUCCGUCUCCACCGCGAACGCGUGCGCCAGCUCGUCGGCUCACCAAUGCGUGACUCCAUUCACGCCGCCGACGACUGCCUCCCCUGGAGUCCAGCGUUCAACCUUGCCGAGCCGCUGUUCCCGGACCUGGAAACCGAGUUUGAGAUGUUCAUCGAUGCCACUGCGGGAGACUUUCUCGCGGUGCCGGGGAACGGGUCGCCGGAGAAACGCACGGCGAAGAGGGGACGCUUCGAUCUCGCGCCUAGCGCGCUGGGGGAUCUGUCGUCGAAUGGUGUUAAUAGCUUCUCGAGGAGGAGCGUGACGUCGACGCCGAAGCUGAAUUUCACCCCCUCGCUUGUGCCGAGGGUGUUUCAUUCCCCGUCUGCGGCGUUGGGGUUGGGGGGCGCGUCGCCGAGUAAAUUUGCGAGUCCCAUCUUCAGUCUGGGUGGGAGCUUUGAUAUUGGCUCUGUUGGUGGUGCUUCUUCUUCUGUCGCUGGUGGUGUAUCUGCUGGCGCUAGUGUAGUGCAAGAGGAGUACUACGGCGCGGAGUUCCUGGCUGAUGGCGUCGCGGAGGAUGCGGGGAUGGAUAUCCUGCAAGGGUUUGCGAAGAUUGGGGCAAAGGGUCGUGGUGGUGGGGUUGGGGAGCAGAUGAAGGGAGGGGUUGGUGUUAGGAGUGGGGUGAGGAGGAGUUUUACGAGUCGGUUUUAAGACCGUGGAGAUUGUGGGAGUGAUGAGGGUUUUAUGAACGGAUUAUUUUUGUUUGUUUGUUUUUGUCGAUGCUAUACUGCACAUCUACUGCUGUCGGAGUCACACACUUGCGCCGCGCUGAGGGGCUAUGUUGGGUUUUUUCUUGUUUAUGAUAAAUGUCUGGAUAUACGAAAAUGUCCCCCUUUUCUCAUUUCUUUUUUUCUGGAUUGGACUGGACGGGACACUUGUUUUUGUCUUUUGUUUGGUCGCUGGGUUUGUCGGGGUAUGAGGAUCUGUCUCUCUAUCUUUGUUCUGAGAUUUUUUCUUUGUGGGAUGUAUGCGGGUAUGUUUUUGGCCUUUGGGUUUUAGGGGGGUGGUUUUUUGUCAGAGUCCUUACUACAGGAUUGGCUGAGUAACUGGUUCGUUUGUUGGAGUCAUUAUGAUACUAGGUUUUUGUUUGGGGUGGUUUAUGAGUUUCCUUCCUUCCGCACGCGGAUAGCGGCGAUGAAUGGGAUAAUGAAUGAAUUAAGUCUAUUUUAU